CUUCGCUGCUCGCUCGCAGUCUUUCUUUGAUAACUGCGGCUCGCUCGUUUGCUCGCUUGUGCGAGAGAGACGGAGACACACAUAUGCGCACUGGGACUACUGGCAGAAGGGGAGAGAGGAAGAACGAACUCUCUGGUGCUCUGCUCGCAACAGCGGUGUGCAAAUAGUAUGAUGGUGUUGUGUCAGCAGUAGAGUUGGGAGAGAGUUGGAUAAUCCUCGUCAACGAGUAUGAAGUAAAAAAGUGUCGUAAAAGGGCUACUGCUUCAGGCAACGCGGUAUUUUUUUGUGAAGUGUGCAGCAGCAGUUGCGAAUUGCAAGUGUGCGUGCAGGCAGUCGUGAGAGAGAAAGAGAGAGAUAGGAGGAAAAGACGUUAGUGCGGAUCAAAGGAAGGAGCGUGGGUUCUAUUUUUCGAUCGCUCUCUCGACAUUUUUCGCUUUGCGCCGCGCUCUCGCGGAUUUGCCUCGUAAAAUGGCCGCAGCAUAACCUCUGUUGUCUUCAUCGUCGUCAACCGUACUCGUCGUCCUCGAGGAGCAACUCAACCGCCCACCGAAGACUAACCUCAUCCCAGAGUAGUGUUAGUGUGUGUGUGUGUGUGUGUGUGUGUGUGUCGUAGUUCGUUACUCUGUGCACGUGUGCCAUCAUCGUUAUUAUCAUUAUGAGUGAGGAAAGGAGCGACGAGGAUUCAAUAGUAGAUUUGUGGUACUCCAACUGGGAGCAGCAGUGCGUCGAGGCUAUUGAGGCUGAACCUGAUUAUGAAAGCCAGCUGCAAAGUGAAAAGGAACUCUAUUCACAACAAAUAUGGUCGAAUUUUCAGACUACCGCCACUGCCAUCGCACAGCUUUACAAAGAUCGUUCACAAGGUACGUCCUUCUGGUCGCCCUUCCAAACGGCUGCAGGCACGGUCACCUCUCUCUACAAAGAGUCAUCCAAUGGGAUUCGUCGGUGUAGUGAAUUGGGUAUCGAAGCUGGUAAGCAAAGACGCAAUAAGGAACUGAUCAAUUGGGCGAGGAAAAAAAGGCGCAUGAUUCGCAGGGAGGACCUAUUAGCCUAUCUUGCUGGUAAACCACCGCCACCUAGACCACAUUCGCACAGGAGUUCUCCCAAACCACGUAUGACGGUAUCUGGCUCCCCCCCGUCACAAAGCCCAACAGCAAGUAUGGUAGUGUCGUCGACACCGCCUCCAGGCAGUGAACCAGAUCCGGAAUUGCACACAUUCAGAGAAGCCAUCGCACUAUCAGGUUCGCCGAUGUCGCGUCGCAAUGGUCGCGAGUUGUCAGCCUUCAUAAGCAGCGAGUUCGCUCGGCAUCACAAAAGACCCGCGUCCCACGACGUGGACAUGGGCUCGCCUACGCAUAAACGGCCGCGUUUCAUGUAACAGUGCGCCAAAGUUCUACGCACAAAUCAUGCAGCUCAACAUUACUACGUUUUCCAGCCGUAAAGAAAUUGAGAGAACUUGUUUAUGUGCGUCUGCCUGCUUAUCUGUGUGUGUGGAAGGAUAUGCUUGAGACUUUAUUUGUGCGUGAAAGCUUAAUAUAUUUGACAGUACGAACGUUCAGCUACCAAAGAUACUCCGAUGGAUCUCCUUUUGCGCGACAUCCACACCAACUUUGUUAUACUUUGAUAGUGUGGCUAAAUUAUUCGAGAUUAGGCAAGAGGUGUCAUUAUUAUUAUUAUUAUUAUUAUUUUAAAAAAAUGAAAUUUUAAGUUUAUUUAAUCGCGUUAUAGAAAAUUUUUAGUCAAAUAAAUUAGCUGUAUCUUUUUUCUAAAGAAAGAUAAUAAUAUACAAUAUUAUGAGAAUAAAACUAUUAUAAGGUAACAAAGUGUGUCGAUGUCUCUAAGCAACUUUUAGCGAUUUUAGGAAUACCAUCAAUGGGUCAAAAGAUUGUCGAACAAUUAUCAAGUUUAAUCACUGCAUAAGGAUAAUCACUUUGUUUUAUACGAAGUAAAACGAAAACGUAGAUGAAUUGUACCCGUUUCUGGAUUAUUCAUUCAAGAAAAAAUAUAGAAAUCAUACACGUUCAGUUAAACGUGGCCAUUUAUCUGUCUCUUUCUUUUACUAUAUACAGUGCUUUUUUGGAUUCUAAAAAGGAAGAAAAGGAUAUGAAAGAGUUGCUUCGAACGUGUUCGUAUACCGUCAAAAGUGCCGAUAAUAACAAAAAAUGAAUAAUCUUGGUUGUGUCAUACAAAUGUAUGGGAUGCUAGAAAUGUUUGGUGUGCGAUAUGACUAUUUUUAUUGAGUGAUUUGGCUUCUACAGCGCAGUAACUAUCCAUUCUGUUACAUUCUGUAAAUAUAGUAAUUUAAUAUGCAUUCGCAUUAGAAUAAAUACAGUGAUCAAAAGAAUUACAAAAAUAAAUUUUCGGCACUUCGUACGGGGAAAGUUAUGCUUUCGGCACGCUUAGUUAAUCACUACGCUUAACGUCGAACUUUCUACGAGUCAUCGAAAUGCUAUUACCUAACAUGUUCGGAAAAGAGAUUCUAUUUCGUGUGCUAUUCCAGCCUUACAUCACUUGGGCCUAAACAUCACACGAGACGAGUAUCUACUUUCUUGCACUAGUUAGGUAACGUACUAAUACUUCAUAAAUUAUUAAACUUUUGUGGCAGUAUUUGUUAUAACUUUAUAAAAAUUUAUAAACUAUGUUUUUUUGAGCAGUGACUUGAAAUAUAAUUUAUUUUUCAAAGUUUAUUGUAUUAAUAAAUACAAUCGUUAUUUUAAUUGGUAAAAAAUGAAAAAUAUGGUCACAAAUAGCACAGUUUUUGCCAAAAUCGUCAAGCUUUCAUUUAUGAUAAAAAUUAUCAACAGAAAGACAGUUAUUGCAUUGUAAUUGCAAAAUCACGUAUGAGCGCUAUUUAUCGAACCGGAAAUAUAUAUUAUUAAAUUUUUUGCAUCGUUACACAUAUUACACGAUGCGCAAUGUGUGAUAAAAAUAAUUCUUCAGUAAAUUAUAUCAACGCAAUUCAGCGCAUAUUUUUAUGAUUAAUUUUAAAAAAUGAAACUAUAACGUAAGUAAACAAAAGAAGCUAAUGUUAUUCACUCUAUCCAACGUACGUGAUGUUACAAUGACACAAUUACAUUAAAAUUUAUUUCAAUUAUUAUUGUAGUUAUUAUUAUAAUUUAAUUUUCUUUGUAAACACUAUUUUCGAAAAAUGUGUGAAGUCAAUAUGAACAUCUUAUUUGAAUACAUUGAACAAUAAUUUUCUAAAACUACUAAAUUCGACUGACAAUUAAUUAAAAUGUGAAGGCAUGUAAAUUCUUCUUCAACAUUGUACGUUUUUUAAAACGUAAUGUUCUAUUUGAGUACACUGUCAAUAUGAUUUGGAUUCUAACUAGCAACGAAUUAGUACAGCAUUUGUUUUUUAUGAGUUGUUCUUAGUUGCAAUAAAAAACUGAAACUAGUUUGUUAGAGAUUAUGACGCCAAGAUUUGUACAUAAUUUGAAAUUUACUAAUGAUUUUACUGUGUAACUGAGAUUAUAAUCUGAGUUUGAUACAAGUUAAAAAUGAGGUGAUAAGAAAUGUCGAUCCUGUUCAAAUAGCACAUUCGUAGUUAAUGAAAUUUUGUUGUUACAUUUGUAAACUUAUAUCACUUAAAGUGAAGAAGCGUAUAUACACACAAAACCAUGUAGCAUAAUUGAAUAAAAUAUUGUAAAUCGCGUACAAUAAAGACCCAGUUAGAAGAAAAAACAUAACUCGUUUAAGCGAUCAAGAUUUUUGUUUUUACCAUAAAACUCGCAUCACAUGUGCAAUCUUCAUAGAUACCGAGAUGAUGAAAGGUGGAAAAAGCUUAGUAUGUUUUCUUAUUCGUUGAAACACGCAUCAAGUAGAGUAAUUCACAUUAAGCAAAGCAGCUCAACAAAACUUUUUUGCCUCUUCUGCUAAAAAUGUGUUAACAAUGGAUUAUUCAGAAAAAUUUAAGAGUCGUUCGUAAAAAGUAUGUUCACAUUAAAUGAUAAGAAACCAGCAUUAUUGCUUCUCGUUUUUGUAGCUCAUCAACAAUGUAAUUAUGUACAUGAUAUAAUAAUAAGAUGGACAUAUUUUCCUUUCAUCGAUACGUAGAUUCAUAUAAAUAAUGUUAAGUAUAAAAUAGCGUAACAAUGAGUUGAAAGUCAGCCAUGAUUGUGGAGAAGAUUGCAACUGUUAUUUAGAUUUUUUGUAAUAGAACAUCGAUCUUUUGGAGAACAAAUCAAUCGUUUGUAAAAUUUCUAACUAAACUAAACGAACGAUCGGUGCUUUGCAAAAAAAAAGUAAAUAAAUAAACAGUACAAAUGUCUUCUCCAGCAUAAAAUGAACGUAAUUCAUUGACAGUCAUUGAAAGCAAACAUAAUUAUUUCAUAUAUUUUGUAAAAUAUUGUAUUAACUGAUAAUUUCAAAACGUUUAAGUGCAACUGCAAAACAAAUUGGAUUUAUAUUUCUAAUACCUUAAUGCUGAGUGCAUCUUUUUAUCAAAAUAUACACAUACAACUUAACUCGUACAUUCACAUAAUUAAUAAAUAUUAUAAAUAAAAUCGCUUAUUUUUUCGCGCCUAAAAUUCCAUAAGAACAUCAAAAGAACUCCUUGAUUGUGAAAAUUUAUAGUUUAUUUUUAAGAACUUAAACUACUCGAUUGUAACAAAUCCAAGUGAAAUCGAGUCUUUUUUGCAAUUAAUGAUUUACUUUGACUUUGUGAAACAUACGAAGAAUACACUACGGUGGCUUUAAAGCACUAGAUUUUCACAGUUUAUUCACUAGAUUUAUAUCUUAUAGCCAAUUUAAGUUUUUAAGUCAAGAAUGUGCUGAGCCUUCAAAAUGAAAAUUACCUUUUGCUUUACAUUGAACUUUCGUAAUAAGUUUAAUACAAUAUUAAGUAAACGUAAUCAAAUCUCCAACGAUCCAUACAAAAUUCAUACACAAUCUUAUUAUUUUUAUAUAAUUACUCAAUUGUAAAAAAGAAGUUUUAUUUCAGACGUAGUUUUUUAUGAAAAUAAAAUUUACUUUAUUUCGUAUUUGCAGCAAUUUAAUAGUAAAUUCAGUAAAACUAUUCACAUUAACAAUGAGCAUAGCUUAUAUAGAAAAGUCACAUAGUUGUAACAAAACAAAAACAAAAAAAAUAGAGCAGAUGUUUUACUUCUAUACGUAAAGUUCCGUUGUUCUAUUGUUUUUGAAAAGCUGAGCGCAAUUACUUCUGAAAGCCAAGCAAAAAGUUGUUCAGAUGUAAAUAUAGCUUAAAUGACACUAAAGAUAUCAAAUAAUGAAUAAUGUUAAGUAAUAUAAGAGUAAUAUUAAUAUCACAUUUAACAUUAAUAGACUAGGUAUUUAAAAGCUUUAAUUGUUGUUAUCAAAUUGUCCAAAUUACGUUUAUGCUAAUUACAAUCAGUUAAAACAGCAAAACAUUUCUUAAUUUGAUUGUUACGUACUAAUUUUAUUAUUAGAAAAAUAGUUAAACACUCAAGUACCGAAGAUGCCAUAUUUAGGAUUUACAAGUUCUUAGGAAGUGACUGAAUGCUUUUAUCGAUGUCAAUCAUUCAUUAUUCUUUGUACAUUUCCGAAAUUGUGAGUCAUCCUAAUUAUGGUUGUUGUAGGUUCUUUUUUUUCCGUAAUGAAUUAAUGAAAAAUAGGUGAUAAGAGCGUUUUGGGCUUUCAUUUUUAUUCGUAAAAAUAUUGUGGUUUUUUCUAUUUUGUAUGAGACACACAACUUCAUAAAAAUUACUUUUACGCCAUGAAUUGAAACGCACGAUAUUUGCCAAAAAGAAAGAAUUUGAAAAAAGGUUAGAUGGAAAUUUUAUGUUUCGAGAGCUUCCAAAAUGAGUUUAUAUUCACGAUAAAGUUAAUUGUCUUUGUGCACUAUCUAAUAAUGUUGAUUUGCAUGCAUCAAGCGAUCCUCAUUUCAAGCUUAGAUUUUUUUUCGAAUCCAACUGUUAUCUUAUCAGAAGCGCUUUUUAAAUUAUCGAAAAAUAUAAUGGAAAAUGAUGAGAUUUAUUUUUUCUGCCUCGUUUAUUUAUUAGAAAAUAUCAAUAUUAAGUAACUUAAUAAUUGUCCAAGUACAUAUAACAUUGAAUUGUUUGGAUUACAUUUACGAAUUUCAAUUUAAAAAAAUUCUGUACCAGUAUUUUACGAUAAUUUUAGGCCUGCAUGCUCUUGUAAGUUUAACUUACACUGACAUAUACUUAAAUCAAUCGGAGAAUAAAAAUAAAAAAGUUACCAAGUUGGAGUUAAUUGUGCCGUUCUUUGGUUUUCACUACCUUUAUCAAAGUUAUCAACUCAAACUAGUGGGCAUAUUUGAUAGGCGAUACAAUCAACUGUGUAAGUAAAUUGUAAAGCUGUAAUGGUGCAAAGUGUCUUUGAUAACGACGAAUGUAAAGUGACUAAAAAAAACAAAGAAAGGUGUAUGAUUUUUAAGGCGUUUAUAAUUGUAAUAUAAAAACAUUGUAUCGGGGAAAAUUAGUCGAAAGUAAUAUUUUCUACAAAAACAUCUCUGUUCAUUCGCUCAUCGUUAUAAUAUUCAGUAAUAUGAAGCUGUAUAAAAAACUUACAAUAUUUUUUUUAAUUAAGUUAAAUAGGCAUUUUAUUAAAUGUAUUUGUGUAAAUAAAUAUUUUUGA